AUGUUUGGCCCAAUCUUCAAUUCAGAGACCAUCUCCCGCGUCACUGCCGCAGAGAAGAAGAUCACCGGUGCCAAAAUGGUCGUCAAGGGUGGUCCUGCAGCACAGGCUCAAUCCCAUGUGGGUGAGACCAUGAACUCCCAAACCCUACACGACAUCACAGAGGGCGAGAAGAAAAUCACUAGCGGUGAACGGAUCAAAGGUGGCCCUAUAGCCUCGGCCCAGAGCAUCCUCGCUCAUGAACGCAAUGGAACCUCUGCUUCUACCUCUGCCAACGAGCAAAACCCGAUUGGGACACUAGGUAGCGAUACCAUCUCCAAGAUUACUGCUGCUGAGAAAGACAUCACGCGUUCCGCCGACCCAGUACGAGACGGUCCAACUGCCCAAGCUCAGAAGCACGCCAAUGAACCCAUCAACCAUGACACUCUCCAUGACAUCACGGAGGGGGAGAAGAAGAUCACGGGAGAACUACGCCCUAUCGCCGGUGGACCUACGGCCACUGCUCAGAGCGAGUUGGCGAAGAGUCAGUGUUGA